AUGGAGAAAAAUGGAAGCUUGUUUUAUUAUCGUGGGCUAUUGUGGAUGGUAUACAUCGCUGUGGUUGUGCGUACUUGCAAUGGCGACCUGAGCUAUUCUGUACCGGAGGAGAUGAAGAAAGGGACCGUGUUUGGCAAUGUAGCAAAGGACCUUGGUCUCACUACGAAAGGGCUGUCGGAUCGCAAAGCUCGGAUUGAUAUGGAAGGACAUGAAAAACGUUUCUGUGAUCUUGUUGGAGGACAACUGGCCACUGCAGAGAGAAUAGACCGCGAGGAGCUAUGCGGAUCAAAGCCGUCGUGCGCGUUAAAUUACGAAUUGGUUUUGGAGAACCCUUUGGAAUUACAUCGCAUUACCCUUCAGAUAGAGGAUAUAAAUGACAAUGCUCCCCGGUUUCCUAAAAAUGAAAUAAAACUGGAAAUCAGAGAAUCCGCCGUUAAAGGAGCGCGCUUUCCAUUGAAUGAGGCGCACGAUUCGGAUGUGGGGAGAAAUGGCAUUCAAACCUAUUCUUUGGAGAAGAACGAUUAUUUUACUUUGUCUGUGAAUUCCAAUUCGGAUGGAAGAAAAUACAGUGAACUUGUGUUAGACAAAGAGCUCGACCGUGAACAGGAGCAGGAGGUAACAUUAAUAUUGACUGCAAGUGACGGGGGCACUCCUGCGAAAUCUGGCACCGCAGUCAUACGCGUUACUGUUCUCGACGCCAACGAUAAUCUUCCCGUUUUCAGUCAGCCUGUUUAUGAAGUCAGUCUGCCUGAAAAUUCUCCUUUGGGUACCGUUGCUGUGGUCGUCACAGCUACAGACGCAGAUGAAGGCGCCAAUGGAGAGGUCACCUAUGAAUUUAGUCACAUAUCAGAUAAAGCAGCUCGCCUAUUUUCCAUAGAUGAAACAACUGGGGAGAUCAAAGUGAUUGGGCAGAUAGAUUACGAGGAUAAACAGGAGUAUGAACUAAGGGUUCUAGCAAAAGAUGGGGCAGGCUUGGCGUCAAACACUAAAGUUGAAAUUGCGAUCACAGAUGUUAAUGAUAAUGCGCCUGUUAUCUUCAUUAAGUCACUUAAUGUACCAAUUCCUGAGAAUGUAGCUCCGGGAACAGAGGUGGGCAUUGUUAAUGUUCAAGAUAAAGAUACUGGGGGAAAUAAAAAUAUCCGUUGCUCUAUUCAGCAGAAUGUUCCUUUCAAGCUGAAUCCCUCUAUUAAGAAUUAUUAUACUCUCCUAACUACAGGUGAACUAGACCGUGAGCUUCUAGCUGAAUAUAAUGUUACAAUAACAGCUACUGAUGAAGGCUCACCACCAUUGUCUUCAUCUAAAACUAUACAUCUUUAUCUGUCUGAUGUGAAUGAUAAUCCCCCUGUGUUUGAGGAGCAGUCGUACAGUGCAUAUGUGUCUGAGAAUAACAAGCCUGGCUCCUCUGUGUGUUCUGUUAGUGCCAGAGACCCAGACUGGAGACAGAAUGGCACAGUCUUCUACUCUCUGUUGCCCAGUGAGGUCAAUGGUGUUGCACUCUCCUCAUAUUUAUCCAUUAAUGGAGACACAGGGGUGAUCCAUGCUGUGAGGGCCUUUGACUAUGAGCAGUUCAGAAGCUUCAAAGUUCAGGUUGUAGCCAGAGACAAUGGUUCUCCUCCACUCAGCAGCAACGUGACUGUGAGUGUGUUCAUAACAGAUGAGAAUGAUAACUCUCCUCAGAUAUUAUACCCUACUCCAGAAGGAAACUCCUUCAUGACUGAGAUGGUUCCUAAAGCUGCUCUUUCUGGCUCGCUGCUGUCCAAAGUCAUUGCUGUUGAUGCUGACUCUGGACAGAACGCAUGGCUGUCAUAUCAGAUCGUCAAGUCGACUGAUCCGGGACUUUUCACUAUUGGUGUCCACAGUGGAGAGAUCAGGGCUCAGAGGGACAUUUCUGAAUCUGACAGCAUGAAGCAGAACCUUGUGAUCUCAGUGAAAGAUAACGGACAGCCCUCUCUCUCUACAACCUGUGCCGUAUACUUAGUCAUCUCAGAUAACUUGGCUGAAGUUCCUGAACUCAAAGACAUGUCUUAUGAGGAGAACAACUCUAAACUCACAUCUUAUCUGAUCAUUGCUCUGGUGUCUGUGUCCACAUUUUUCCUGACUUUCCUCAUUCUUAUCAUUGCUGUGAGGUUGUGUCACAGGAGGAAGCCCAGACUGUUGUUUGAUGGAGCAGUAGCCAUUCCCAGUGCAUAUUUACCUCCCAACUAUGCAGAUGUUGAUGGAACUGGAACUCUCCGUAGCACUUACAACUAUGAUGCCUACAUGACAACAGGCUCCCGCACAAGUGACUUCAAGUUUGUCACCUCUUACAAUGACAACACUCUGCCUUCUGCUACCACUCUGAAGAGGAGCCCAGGUGACAACAGUGAAUGCCUCAACUUCACUUCUCUCGACUUCACUGACAGCGCAUCCAAGUGCUCCACUCUGGUGGUAGAGGAGCUGUUCAGCAACGUUGCCGGUCUGAGCCCCUCUCUGCCAGACCCCUAUUGA